AUGGCCGACAAACUUCACAACGCCAUACGAUCCUUGUCCAUCGAAGAUGAUGAUCCGGUAACAUUACCAGACGAUCCGAAAUUCCGGGUUUUUGAUGCUAACGCUACCAGUUUGAUGGGGAGGCUUUUGAAUCCGGAUUGCCAACCAAUGGCCAAGAUGAUCAACUAUAUGCCCACGGCUUGGAGAGUGCAUGGUAGGGUACGAGGGAUUGCCCUUUCUCGUGACAGAUUCCAGUUUAUCUUCCAGCGGGAAGAGGAUCUCUUAACUGUCUUAAGAGAUCGGCCUUGGUCUUACAACCACUGGACAAUGCUCUUGGAGAGAUGGACCCCAAAUCCGCCAGCCUCGUUCCUUACAUCUUUGGACGUCUGGAUCAGGAUAAGGAAUAUACCGGUGAACUAUUAUACAUCUGAUACGAUGUAUGCCCUCGCUAAGAAGAUUGGCAGGGUGGUGGAGUUGGCCUAUGACCCAAAGGUUUCGCAAACGACUGAUUACGUGCGUGCCAAGGUAUGCUUCAAUGUGGAGAACCCAGCCUUGGAGGCUAAGAAUCUCAUAAUACCGGAGGAGGUAGUGGUCAUUAAGUACGAAUAUGAGAAGAUUCAUAAAAGAUGUUUCUCAUGUCUUCGCUUGAUGCCCCAGUUUUGUGUAAGCGGUUAUGUGUUCAUGAAUGGAUUGAAAGUUUUUAUAUGUACAUGCUUCAUUUAG